AGCCGACCACAACAUGCCGGUUACCGAAAAUAGUAUAUUUAUGUUGGAGCUGAUCGUGUACCGCGUGACGUUGACGGACCAAAUCCAGAUGCACAAUACGUGUCCGGUGUGCGUGUGUUUCCGGUUCCCAGGGCUGGUUGAAUUGGUGGUAUGCGAGGGUGGCUUUUGCGCUGAUGGUAAGGUUGGCGGUGGCGAGAUAUUGAUGACCAGCGGCAAGUCAUGCUUGUUUGCGAUCAACAACGCGGACCUUUGCCGGGCGGCUCGUGACUUUUGCGCGAAAAUCAGCGUGAAUAGGCGUGUAGACGGCGAACAACAAAUGCGAUACGUCGCACAGACGCAUCUCGAGUUUGACCGGACGUUUACUGAUGUUAUACUGAACCCCAAUCAGGUUGAGAGGUUACGGAAACUGAAACGGGUCUUGCCGUUGUACGAAAAGGGUCGUCCGAAUCCUGUGGGCAGCAUAGAACUCUUCGUCCGGUUGACUUCGCAAGGGGAUUUAGUGGUGACUCAUUUCAAUCGUGCUCCGAACAGCAACAAUUAUCAGUACAAAGCUGUUCCCAUACAACUAUCGACGGUAAAUUGUUCCGAAAGAAAACCGUUGCCCCCGAAAAAAAUAUGCAAACACAAGACUUCGUGUAGAAAGAAUCGAUCAAAGUCUAAGGAAGAUCUGCAAUGCGCCAAAGAAAUGAGACAGGCUAACUGCGUUUUGACGAUGAUGGAAAAGCUAAAAGAUUUGUACAAAGAGAUGGAGAAAACCAAGUCGUUGCGCAACGAUCAGUUGGGAUCAAAAAAUACUAAUCGCGGAAAACCGUGCAUGUUCGACCUGAAUUGUCCAGUCGCUCGUUGUCCGUUUAGAAAAAGCGAACCGGAAAACGCAUUCGUCGACCACCUGAUCAAGGGCACCCGUCCUGGGGACGAGCAUCUUCGGAAAAAAUUGUCGGAAGACCGUGGACUUGUAGACGACGCGGAUUUGUUCGUCAUAAACGUGGGUCGAGUGGAUCCGUGUCGGGUGAUAGCACCAACAAAGUACAAGGACGGCUAUUCGCAGUAUUGCGAAACGGACUUUUCGAGAAGAUAA